AAGAGGAAUACACAAAAAUAUUCUUCCUUCGUUUGUUAUGUUCGUUCACUGAUCUAACAAAGCACAAACAACAAGUGGUGAUCAGAGAACAACGACAAAACAUGCAGUGAUGUUGGUGGAUGUUCAAACGGUGUUGUUGUUGUUUGCGACAAACAAAACAGAAAAUGAAUUUGACUGUUGUUACAACGAGAAAAAGAGAAUAAAUGUAACAACAAAAAUAUGCAAUAUUAAAGCGGACAGACCAAACAAAAAGAAUUAUAUUGCAAUCUUUGUUUUAUGCGUAAAGCACACCAAACUAAGAGCUAGCAACAACAAUACCUGACGAAGUUUUUAUUGGUAUCAACGAAAUAUUGAAUGUUUUGUUGUUUUAAAUGAACCAAAACAAAAAGAAAAUUAGCAAACGAUUUUUGCGACAAUUUUAUUUUUGAGUUUUGUUUUGAUUUUGAUGCUGCCGAAUACAAGCAUCCAAAUUAGAAGCCGACGAUUGGCGGGAAACAAAACAAAAGGGAAAGAGGUGACGUUGUAAAACGACCUUUGUACCCAAACAAAACCGAUGUUUUGUUGGUGUCGCGGUAAUUUAAUAACGCGAGCUCACUUAAAAACAACACUGCACUAUACGUACCUUGUAAUGCAGGAGUAAUAGACUGUACAUUUAUGCAGGAUCCAAGUAUCCAUACGCAAGCGAUGAUCCAAAUCUGGCUCGAAUUGACCAAUGUUUAGCUCAGAGGGGCUCCGCCGAUGGGAGUGAAACGCCGAAUGCCUCGAGCAGUGGACCGUAGGGGGGAAAUAUAAAAAAUAAAACAAGACUUUUUCUUAUUAUAAGUCAACUAUUUAUUGCUAGUUUGGUUGGUGGGUAACAAUAUUACGUUUGGCAACAAUAUGCCUCUCUAUGCACAACGAUAUGUGGUGCAAACGAUAUUGCGAGUGUUGUCUGUCCGAAUGACAGCGAAAUACUACUUGAUGUCUAAAGGAGGCGGCAUAGCAAGUGACAACUAAUUACUCGUUAAAAUGUCAAAGGCGCUAGCACAAGGUUGCAAUAAACCGUAGCGCGUACAUUUUAACGAAUAAUUAAGGACCAAACCAGGGGUCAAUAAAAAGCAAUAUUUAACGCAAUUCUAAAUUAAACAAGCAAUCUUUGAUAAACACCACAGUUGCAUUCUUCCCUUGAAAAUUUUCUUGAAAAAUUCUGUCUGUAUGACCGAAAAUGUUAAUUUCGAGCUUGUGCAGCCUCUUCCGACAAUUGAUCGAUUGGAAGCAGUACAUUAUUUAUUAUCAUUAUCUAUGAUGGUGACUCCAUGUAAUAGUGAUUUAUGCAUUGAUGGAGUCAUGGGAUGCCAGUCGGAUAAUUCCACAUACAGUUGCGCGGUGUUUAAGGCAUAUUCUUUGAAUUUUGAUGUAUUUAUUUUGUGUCCACUUGAAGUCGCCUCUAAUAAGAUUUUAAAUGGUUAAUGCCUGUUAUGUCCGCCACUAAUCCUGUGUUUUAAAAAAUCUCCUACUCGUAUUGCUAUCAUUGGUAUUAUCAAAAUUGACUUUAGGCAUGCCCACCAACAGCACAGUUUCCACGCGGAAUCUUUCUUGGAUUUCUUUUUUCCUUUCUUCUUCUAAUGCUAUUUCUUCCUGUGUCCUUUUCUUUCCAUAUUUCUUCACGGGCAAUUUAUAUGCCAAAUGCAGAAUGCUUUCAAAAAUACGUAUUUCUGCGUGCAAUACCGAAUUGCCAAACUCAAGAGCACCUUUGGUGGGUAGCACUCUUCUUUUGCUUUCAACAAAAGGUUGUAACAAGGGUAAUGCUUCGGGUUAGUUGCCCUUAUUAUUUCAUAUUGUCGUCUUGUUCGAUCAGCUUCUACGAAAAUUUUGAGUGCUUGGGACGGGGUCAAAGGAGCAAUUGUUUCAUUGGUCUUGGAAUAGGCUUUUCUAUACUUACUAGCCUUUGUUUUUGAACUUCCUAUUUCUUUGAGCAAUUUUGAGGCAUUUCUUUGUCCACUCGUUUGCAAUACAACAUUAAAUACAUACAAAAAAUUCGUACACAUUAAAUAUGGUACAAUUCCUAUGUGAACUUGGUCCAAGAAAAGGGCUAGCCUUAAUAAAAAUUCUUAAACAGACAAAUCAAAGAUUGGAAAACAGAACUCAGUUAAUGACAUUAUGUCACCUAGGUCCCAAAGUAUUUAUAAACUGUUCUGGAUUUAUAAAAAUUGAUACAAGCUCCCUUGGUGAUAGUACAGAAGCAUAUGUGGAGGUUCUUGAUGGAUCUCGAGUACAUCCGGAAAAAUAUGAAUGGGCUCGAAAAAUGGUAAUUGAUGCAAUGGAAUAUGACGACGAAGAAUCCAAUUCCGCCGGCGCGUUAGAAGAAAUUUUAGAAAGCCCCGAAAGACCACAAGAUCUCGAUCUUGAUGCAUUUGCUGUAGAGCUCGAACGACAAGGUUUCGGAAACAAGAGCAUAACACUAUAUGAUAUCAGAUCUGAGUUGAAUUCAUUGUACAAAGACAUCAGAAUUCCAUAUCGCUCAGCAAAUUCUAAAGAACUGUUCGAUAUGUUAACUAAAGAAACACCUGAAUCGUUUUAUGUUGGAAAAAUGGUGUUAGCCACGGUUGCAGGGAUUUCUCAUCGUAAGCCACAAGGAGAACAAUUAGACCAAGCAAAUCCAGUUCAAAAUGAUGAGACCGGUAAUUGGCAAUGUCCUUUUUAUUUAAAAGAGGAUUUUCUAGAAUUAUCGGAAGUUUGGAAUAAUUUCGAUGCUGGUGCUUGUCCUGGCCAAGCUACUGGUGUCAAACUUCGUCUCGACAAUGGUCUGUCGGGUUUUAUACAUAUUAAAAAAUUAUCCGAUUAA